AGGCUGCCGGUUGGUUAGGCAGGAGCCAAUCGCCGCGCUGGCUGGGCCGCCCCGCCCCGCCCCGCCCCCUGCACCUGAGCCGGACGGGCUGGGAGCGCUGCUGGCCGGGGCCGCCCUAGCGCCGAGGAUGCGGCUGCGCUCGGGGGUCUUCGCCGCCGGCUGCCUCCUGGUGCAGGCGCUCGGGGUGGGGCUGUUCCUCCGGGGCUUCUUCCCGGUGCCCGUGAGAUCCCUGCCCCGGAGAGAGGCCCGCGGGGUCCCGCCCGCUGGGCCGCCCCCGCCCGGCCCAGGAGUGACUUCUAAUUGGACCAAGAUUCCAUCACCUCUUUUCAAAAAAGCAGUCAUCGUGUUGAUAGAUGCUUUGAGAGAUGAUUUUGUGUUUGGAUCAAAGGGUAAACAGUUCAUGCCCUACACUACACAACUUGUUGAAAAAGGAACAUGCCACAGUUUCAUUGCUGAAGCGAAGCCACCCACUGUCACCAUGCCUCGAAUUAAGGCUUUGAUGACUGGUAGCAUACCUGGCUUCAUUGAUGUUAUCAUGAACCUUAAUUCUCCAGCACUCUUGGAAGACAACCUGAUAUGGCAGGCAAAAACAGCUGGGAAAAGAAUAAUCUUUUAUGGUGACGACACUUGGGUUAAACUGUUUCCAAAGCAUUUUGUGGAAUAUGAUGGAACAACAUCAUUUUUUGUGUCAGAUUAUACUGAGGUUGAUGAUAAUGUUACCAGGCAUUUGGAUAGUGUCUUAAAAAGAGAAGACUGGGAUAUACUAAUACUUCACUACCUAGGAUUGGACCAUAUUGGUCAUCUGACUGGACCAAACAGCCCAUUGGUGGGACCAAAGCUUUAUGAAAUGGAUAACAUCCUCAAGAAGAUUCAUACUUCACUCCUCUCCAAGGAAGAAGAAUCUUCUUUGCCCAACUUACUUAUUGUGUGUGGUGAUCAUGGGAUGUCCGAAACAGGCAGUCAUGGAGGUUCCUCAGAGGAAGAAGUUCACACACCUCUGCUAUUUAUCAGCUCUGCUUUUGAAAAGAGAAAUGGCCCUUUAAAACAGCCAGAACUUGUGCAACAGACGGACUUAGCUGCUACGUUGGCGAUAGGUCUUGGCCUGCCAAUUUCAAGAAACAGUGUUGGGAAUAUUAUACUCUCCGUUAUAGAAGGGAAGACAAUGAGAGAACAACUAAGGUUCUUGCAUUUAAAUGGGUUCCAGCUUAGUAGACUACUUCAGGAGAACAUGCCGACAUAUGAAAAAGAUCCUGGAUUUGAGCAUUUUAAGAUAGCAGAAAAAUCCCAUGGGAAUUGGAUCAAGCUCUACCUAGAGGGAAAUAAUUCAGAAGUCCUCUUAAACCUUGGCAAAAAGGUCCUUAAGCAAUAUUUAGAGGCUCUGAAGAUCCUGAGUUCUUCACUAAGCAAGCAAGUGGCACAAUACGACAUGUAUUCAAUGAUGGUGGGAACUGUGAUAGUCCUGGAGGUUCUGCUUCUGCUUUUGCUCAGCAUGCCGAAAGCACUGAGCAGCAGGGCUGAAUUUGAAGUGCCACUCUCCCCUCCGCUGUUUUCUCUGCUGUUUUACUUGAUGUGCCUGAUGCUGUGUGCAGUUCAUGUAAUUGUAUGCACAUCAGCGGAAAGCUUGUGCUAUUUCUGCAGUAUAUCAUGGUUAAUGGCAGUUGGAGUGAUGAUGCUGAUUUCUGCACUUAUGUGUGUAAUUUUAUCCGCCUUUGGAAAGAUGCUUGAGAAUCCCAAACUUCCAGCUAAGAACCCAGCUGUCUCCAAUUCCAGAUGGUCAGAACUAGAUGUACUCAUGUUGGCAGGAACUGUUGGCCAUGCCGUGAGCCUGGGAGCAAGCAGCUUUGUUGAAGAGGAGCACCAAACCUGGUAUUUUCUUAUCAAUACUCUUUGCCUGGCACUGUGCCAGGAAAUUUGUAGACACUACUUUCUUGUGAAAGAAUGUGAUCUUCAGCUUAGUACUGCUGUGAAACAAAAUUUUGAAGAUAUUGAGGAAACCGCCCAGUGCAGGAAUGUUGAUAUACCAUCAUGUGACUCAAAAUUGGGCAAAGUCACCUCUUCAGGUGAAUUUCUAAGAGGCUCAGAAAAGUGGAUGGGUUUAGCAAGUCCAUGGAUCAUCCUUAUUUGCUGUCGGUUACUUCGUUCCUUAAAUCAGACGGGAGUUCAGUGGGCUCAUCGACCCGACUUCGGACAUUGGUUGACAAGUUCUGAACAUAAAGCUGUACUGUCCCUUCUGGCAGCUAUCUCCUUAGUUAUGAUCUUUAUUCUGGUUCAGAGGAGAUGCUCCCUGGUUUCGAAAAUAGCGAUGGCACUUGGGCUCUUGGGAGUCUACAGUUACCGGGCAGCCAUUGGAAAUGUUGUAUUUCCAUGGCAACAAGACAGCAAAGAUAUCUCAAAGGGAAUUAUUGAAGCUCGUUUUGUUUAUGUCUUUGUUCUUGGCAUAAUCUUCACUGGAACCAAAGAUUUACUCAAAUCACAGGUUAUAUCUGCAGACUGCAAGUCCAAGAGCAUUGGUUUAUGGGAAGUAUAUAGUGGAUUGGUUCUGCUAGCAGCCCUGCUAUUUAGACCCCAUAACCUGCCAGUUUUGGUGUUUUGCCUGCUGAUUCAAAUGAUAAUGACAAGAUGUAUCUGGAAGCCACUAACAUUUGAUGCAGCUCAAAUUACUAUUAUGCAUUAUUGGUUUGGCCAAGCUUUCUUCUAUUUUCAGGGAAACUCGAAUAGUAUCGCUUCAGUGGAUAUUUCAGCUGGUUUUGUGGGAUUAGACAACUAUGUGGAAAUACCAGCAAUUUUUCUUACAGGGUUUGCAACGUAUGCAGGACCUUUGCUUUGGGCCAUUCACUUGCUGUGCUACUUGAGUUCUGAAGUUAGCAGGAAUUCGGCAGCAAUGGGUCAUGGCUGUUUCUGCUAUGCACUGAUAUGUUCGGUCCCAGUCACAGUCUACAUCAUUUUGGUAACAGGUCUACGACACCACUUGUUCAUAUGGAGUGUGUUCUCACCUAAACUUCUUUAUGAGGGAGUGCGUGUGUUCAUCACAGCUGCUGUUUGCCUGUUCUUUACAGCCAUGGAUCAGAACCGGUCUCAGAAAAUCCACGACUGAAAGUGAAUGUAUUGUUCCAAAGGCUGUCAUCACAGUACCAGUUGGAUAGACUGGAGUCGUAUAAUGAAAAUAAUGGUUUUAAAUUAUCCUGUGAAAUUUAAUUCUUUCGUUUGUUGGAAAACAUGUAUGUUAUAAAAGGCUUGUUUUAUUUAAAUGGGUUUGUGUUUCAGAAUGUUUAAUCAGAGUAAAAAACCCACCUUUUCAUCAUUAGUUACAGCUCCCUUAUUCUGUAUCAGUUAUUUCAGAACUCAGAUCUUUACCAUCUUCACCAUUGCAGCCACUACCAUCUUAUUUAAUGAGGCAUCAGAUAUUAAGAACUUCCUUAGUAAUGAGGUCUUAUUGGUGUUUUGUCAGUGUCACUCAUUGCCUUCAAUGUUAAGGGCCUGAUCCCGAUCAAUGGGAGAUAUAUCGGGCCUUAAAUGAGGACACACUUGACUGUCCUCAUUCAGCUAGGUGAAAACUGUGCUCAUUAAGUUUAGAUUUCUUCGGUUAUUCUAAAAUUGCUGGUUUGGGGCACAAUCUUUAUACAGCUACUUUUAGCUAGACAAUAAAAUAUUAAAGGUAAUUCAUUAAAACCACAGUCCCAAAAGCCAUUAUAAACUGGAAUAACAUUAGUUUGAAGUAACCUUGUGGAUUUUAGUCAUAAGAUUAAGGUGUGUUUGUAAAUUGAAGAAUAUUAUUUUUCUAUUGUGUGGGACAAAUAAUGGUCAAAUCUUACUUGUUUAUGUAUAUUUGAGGUAGUUAAUGAGAAGGUUACUAGGUGAAGGCAAUAUGUGAUGCCAAGCCUACAUUGGUAGAUAUUUGGAUAGUUGAAGCCUGACAACUCACUGUGAUAUUAAAUAUUUUCAAUUCUAUUAAAUAAUAUGUAAUUCUAUAAACAUGAGUUCCUUGAAAUUGCAGAUUUGUGUAAAUAUGUAUGUCAGUGCCUAACAGGCUUUUAUAAAAUGAGAAAUAUGUAUCUUACAUGCUGUAAAUGUAUGGGACUGACUUUGCAGUCACCAUAAUGUGUAACGACAGUUUCCUUCCUUUUAGAUUGUCACUGCAAAAUAAUGCAGGAUUUCUUGGUGAAACUUACAAGAUCUUAUAUUCUUUAACUGAUAUUUGUGUUUUUCCCCGUAUAUAUUUAACCUUUUCAUCAAACUAGUGGAUGGGUUCAAUAAUUCAGUGUCAGUUUUUCUAGCAGUUUUCUUAAUGUAUGCAUUUUUCCCUGUAAAUGCAGUAUUCCCUCCCGUAGAGGAAUGCCAUGAUUAAGUGUGUGAGACUUCUGUAUUCCUUUUUCCUGAGCGUCACACAAUGAAUAAGAAGCAUUAAGGGCUGACAAAGUAAUGAAUCUUUUACAGAGUCUGAAUGCUCAGUUCUAGAAUGUGUUGCUGCUUAUUACUAAGUAUGUAUAAUUAGAUUUUAACCGGUUUGAUUUUCACACAUUACAGAAGCAUUAGAGCUUUGAGCAUUGGAAGGGCUAAUAGAUUCAGUUUCAAGCACCAAGGUGUGUUAUGAUGUCAGAUUCCCUACUUAUGCUCCGGAUGCACUUGUCUGAUAGCCUGAAACCUCACCACAUGCCCCCAGGGAAUGUGGCACAGUAAAUGCACAUCUUGCCGUUUUCCAAGCUAUCAUCAAGAAAGCAAAUCAAUGUUAACUAUACUAGAUUUAAAUCGUCUUUCCAUAUUUUUUUAAACUCUCACUCUGGCCUGUGUAGUAACAUAAGUACAAUCAGUAUCACAGUUAAAUGUAUUAGAGGUAUAUUGAUGGGUUUAACAGAUGAUGUACCCUCUUGUACUGCAUCAGUUUGAAAAUAAAUGCUUUUGAGACCUGUAUUUCACUCCUGAGGCUGAUGGCCCAUUUGUUAGGGUUGCUUAUAACCUUCAUCUCAACUUUCAGACACUGAAAGAGGUUCAGAAAGAGGCCACGUCUAUUCUGGUAUAUGGCAUCUCUGUUACCAAAAGGAGCCAACAGCCUAUUUUAAUCAUUAUAAUGUGAAUUCUGUGAAUGGGCAAUCUCAAAAUGUUGGCCUUCUAUAACUGGUGUUCAGCUGGAGAAAACUACAUAAGAAACUGAUGGCUCUUGAACAUCAUUAAUUGUGACCUGUGUUAGGGCAAACUUUCAUUUUCUGGAUACUCUUUCUUAAAUAAAAACGCUUUAACUCCAAA